AUGGUUGUUCUAGCUGCCCUGCAGGUGUCCAUUUCUCUGAACAAAGUCGAGUUAAGUGUUGGAGAGUCCAAAUUCUUCAUCUGCACAGCUAUUGGUGAGCCUGUCAGGCUGGAAUGGUACAACCCUCAAGGUGAGCGCAUCGUCCAGUCUAAGCGAAUGGCACUUCACACCGAGACAUCACGAUCCAGGCUCAUCAUUUACAAUGCCAUCAUCGAGGAUGCAGGAAUCUACCGCUGCCAGGCCACCGACGUCAGCGGCCACACAGUGGAGGCCUCAGUUGUGCUGGAAAUUUACCAGAGGUUAACGUUCAGGGAUGUUCAGUCACCGCAGGAGUUUCGCCACGGUGAGACAGCAGAAGUGGUGUGUGAUGUCAUCAGUUCACCUGUGCCCGUAGUGGUGUGGUACUACCAGGACAAAGAGAUUACAGAGGAUCACCACAGCAGGUUCCAGGUUUUGGCAAACAACAACCUGCAGAUUCAUCAGGUGACCAAGGCUGACGAGGGUGUGUACCGCUGUGAAGCCAGCGUGGAGGCCCGCGGGGAAAUUGAUUUUGUUGACAUAGCCAUGGUGGUCAAUGUCCCUCCAGUGUUGUCAGUGUUCCAACAGUCCUUUAAUGCCACAGCUGACUACCAGGAAUCGGUCACCUUUACUUGCAUCACUUCUGGAUCUCCUGAUCCAGUGGUCACUUGGCACAGGAAAGCGCAGCAGCUUGAGCCAUCAGAUAAGUACAUUCUCAACCGACUAGAAGGUGGGCGGAGCAUGUUAACCAUCCGCAACAUCCGACAGGCUGAUGGAGGAACGUACUCCUGCAAAGCCACCAACAAGGCAGGAUCUCAGGAAAGAGAGCUUUUCCUCAAAGUCUUUGUCCAGCCCCAUAUCACCCAGCUGAGAAACGUGACUGCAGUUGAGGGCAGCGCCGCCAUGAUCUCCUGUGUGGCUGAGGGUGAGCCUCUGCCUGACAUUUCCUGGAGGAGAGCCAGCGACGGCCAGUCCUUCAUGGAUGGAGACAAGAGUCGGGAUGGCCGGUUUGAGGUUCGUGGUCGCCAUGGUAAGUCCGUGUUGACCAUCAGCGGGGUGAGGCUUACCGACUUGGGCCGAUUUGACUGCGAGGCGCAGAGCAGGAUAGGAGGCCACCAGAAGAGCAUGUUUCUGGACAUUGAAUAUAUCCCCAAAUUUCUGACCAACCACACCAUUUAUUACUCAUGGGAGGGAAAUCCAGUCAACAUAAGCUGUGAUGUGAUGUCCAACCCACCUGCUACCAUACUGUGGAGGAGAGAGCGCUUCACCAUCUCAGAGGGAACUCCCAAUAUGCACAUUCAUAGUGCAGAUGGAAAAUCUGUGCUUGAGGUUACUCCAAUGUCUGACAGAGACUUUGGCCGCUACAAUUGCACAGCUCGGAACAACAUUGGAGUUCGAUAUCAGGAUUUCAUUUUGGCCCAGGCAGGUGAGUGUGCACCAUUUCUACUGGUGAGUUAA